UGAUUUGAUGACGUCCACCCGGAAGUACAAAAAAAACAAAAAACAUGGAUGACGCCUGAGCGGACUGCAUAUCAUUUAGCCGCACAUGAAUAACGAUACAUGGUCGCGUUACGACGCGUCAUAAGCGGAGGCAGGAAGAAAGGAAAAUAAGAAGAAAAAAAGGUCUCCUUUUCCGUGUUAUGUUUGACCGGCUCACGGCGCCACCUCUGCCCGAGCACCGGAGUCGGACCGCCGCCGUCCAGCCUUUCUCUUCCCCGCUAUGGACGUGCUCCUCUGGGUGCCCCUGCUGGUGCUGCCGCUGCUGCUGCUGUGGACCAGCGGCACCUUCAUCUUCUAUUUCAAAAAGUGCUUUUACGUGGCCUGGAUGAUGGUGCUGGCCCUGGUCGCCAUCCCGCUGUGCUUAUUGAAGAGCGGGGGCAGGGACGUAGAGAACAUGAGGAUUAUCCGCUCCAUCGUUCGUCAUGUCAAGUAUUUCCUUGGCCUUCGAUUCGAAGUCAGCGGCUGGGAGCACCUGCAGACCGAGGGCCCCUACGUCAUCAUCUCCAACCACCAGAGCUCCCUCGAUGUUUUGGGCCUGAUGGAGAUCUUGCCUGACCGCUGCACCAUGAUCGCCAAGAAGGAGCUGAUCUACGCCGGCACAGUGGGCCUCAUCUGCUGGCUGGGCGGCAUUGUCUUCAUCAACCGCAAGAAGACGAGCGACGCCAAGAGCGUCAUGGCCGACGCCGCCCAGACCAUGUUGGACGAGCAGAUCCGUCUGUGGGUGUUCCCUGAGGGAACGCGGAACCAGAGAGGAGACUUGCUACCCUUCAAAAAAGGCGCGUUCCACUUGGCAGUGCAAGCACAAGUGCCCAUCAUUCCCGUGGUCUUCUCCUCCUACAGCAGCUUUUACCUACGGAAAGAAAAACAGUUCAAAUCGGGGACCAUCAGAUUGAAGAUCCUCCCAAAGAUCGAGACAAAAGGGAUGGCGUCCGAGGACGUGUCGUCCCUCGCCGACAAAUCUUUCGACGUGAUGCGCUCGGCCUUCUUGGACGCCUCCAAAACCUACAGCAACGGCCCCGUGAGGCACUGAGCAGCCAUCGUACUCUCACACCCCCUUCCAUUCCCCGCCGCCUAGGUUGUCCAAAAACCUGGCCAGGACACGACUUGACUGCAGUUGGCCCCUCCCUUCCAGCACAGUCCUGACCCUCGCCAUGUUUGCGAGCGGAGUGACGGACAGUGCGGCUUUUUCUGUGCAUGCAUUCUUUUUCACGCCGCUUUGGAACCCCUUCCCCCCCUUUUUUUUUUAUUGUCUUUUUUUUCUCAUGUUGCCUUUUGUUGAGGUUAUCUUUGGACACAGUCCACCUCCUUCCUUCCUCUGCGUUCCACCUUAAAGACAAAAGCAGGCGGGGUUUUCACAAGUGGUGGAGGUCGGAGUUUAACGUUCCUCUUAGUUCCCUCGCGAUGAGCUCAUCUGCACGUCCUUUUGCCUAUUCAACCACAGGAAGUCCUUAAGAGGGCGUUUAUUUAACGACUGUUAAUUAAAUGCUAUCUCGUCGCAUCACUUAUUCUCUCUCGGACGCCCUUCUAAGCGCUCGCAAGGGACCUCUAGUGGCCGGAAAGUGUGCGUCCAAACUGGAAAGUAAAAGUAUGCAGGGGCCAAUUUUCUAUAUUUUUUUAGUUAAAAAUAAAUAAAUAAAAGGCUUAAAACAGAUAUUAUGGUGUAUAUAUAUAUAUAU